CGCAACGCAGAGAAAGACGAGGGCGAGAAAAAGCCCCGACAAUGCGUGUGUGGAAUCGAUGUGGCAGCCCACAUCGGGGCGGAAAACGCCCUUCGAGGCGCGAGUGCAGCGAAGAAAAAGGACACGGUCGUUCUGCGGUCCUUCGUUCCCAGCCUCGCCUUCUCCGACCGAGCUCCGCGAGAUCACACAACGCGACUCUGCUGUUGAUCGCGAUCGAGAGACUGGGCACGUUCGGAGCCGGGAACUGAGUGCUUUGGCCGGUUGGGUCUGCGCACGCCGCGUUUUGACUGGCGCCAUUCGAGCCAUCUGAGUUGACGCAUAUCAGCUGGCCACGCCGUUCUGGCCGUGGACUUUGUGAAUAUCCCCCUCGAGGCCGCUGUUGUUUGACAUCAUCUGUUGCGCGCGUUUCCUGGUCAACAGUCCCUGUAUUAAAGCAGACCUCUCACGUAUCAAUUCUGUGCACUUCUGAAGCUGCACGCGUGGACCCGGAUACGCCGCAGCACUUUCUGUUGGCCUCUAAUUCGUCCUGUGGUCCGUUGGUUGAAGCGGACAAUCAUGGCUUUGACAACGGAGCAAUUCGUUACCGCAUGCUGGCCAACAAAUGAGAUCCUCUUUACGACAAGAUACAAUACAGCUACACAGCCUGCGUGGGAUGACUACCCUCCUCUAACCAUACAAGACACAUCUCUCGAUACGCCCUCUACAAGCAAGCAAUCUGCGCCCAAACGUGUCCGCAACCGCAGCGGUCGCAAAGCGACCUCGAACCGCAAGACGCACAACGAAAUCGAGAAAAAGUAUCGCGACUCGGUGAGCGACGCUCUUAACGGUCUGAAGGGAGUGGUGCCUCAAGUCUCCUCCGCAAAGAUUGGCGCAGAGAUCUCCAGCGCUCAGAUGACCAAGGUCGGCAUCCUUACCAGUGCAACGUCUUACAUCAAGCAACUUGAGCAGGAAAGAGAUUUGUUGUUGCAAGAAAACAACGUUCUUCGAGACAUCAUGCUGCAAAACGACUGGCGAGAAUGACGGCUGCUUCGAGCGGGCGGAGUCUCAAGUUCGGGAUCACACGUUGCCAACUAAUGGACUAAUACUUCUGCGGCUAGACGUGUCCUGUCAAGACCGGCAAAAGCCAAACACCAUAUGCGUGCUGUUGUAAGCGCACGGAAGCUUACAAAGGUGGCAUAGCGGUAGCAGAGUGAGGGGCCCCCCAGAAGAUAGUGUUUAGGAUUGAGAAGGGCGAAUCCUCGUCCAACAGUGAUGUGUCGGGGGAGGACUGUAAAGAUCCAGGGCCGGUCACGUCAGAAUGCAUUCCUAGACUUGGCAUGAAUCCGGACAUGGAGUCGGACGACAUGCUACGCGAUGUGUUUGGUGGUUGCGGAGGCGCUGCCAGCUUCGAUAGGGCUUCUACCGAUCUGGCCAAAGGGGCAGACAUCUCGCUAGGGUCGAUGUUGAGAACGACAUCUGACAUUAGAGUGGAAAGUCGUGUCAGCAGCGAUUGGACGCGAGCGUUCUUCAAAGCUUCGCCAAGUAUUCCAAGCAGCAAAGCUGAACUCAGGGCACGAUGCACGGCGGCCCAUGACUGCAUUGCAAAUCUGGUGAUGUUAUGCAACCCAAGAAAGGCGUCGACGGUAUUCGCAAGAUUCUCGAUGCACAUCUCUCGGAACUUCAUCAGCAGUUCCGGGCUCUCGCGACUCCGACGCUUCGACUGAAUCGAGGGUCUGCACAGCUCAGAGAGGAUGAACGAGCGGUGGAGAUAAAGGUUCCAGUACUCCAACAUGUCACGCUCAGAACGACAUUUUGCAAUGUCGAGAAGAUGUUGUUUUGCGUGCUUCCAGUCGCGCUGUAUCUGGUCCCUUAACUCAACUAAUCGCUGGAGACGAUGGCUUGCGUGCCUUGGAACGGACCUCUCCUGCACAAUGUCAAGACCAAUCUUGCACAAACGCCGCAUACAAUCAAGAUAAGAAAGUUCUCGGGUGGGCUCAGCGUAACUCUGAUGAGCUACAAUCGUAGUCGGAGAUGUCCUAUCAAAGGUAAUUGACAACAAACUGUCCUGCCAUACAAUCUGCCACCUAGUCUCAGUUAGCAAAGUGCAGCGGAUCGCUGUGUGGCUUUGAACGGCCUACCAAACGCUGCUACGUUUUGUUUGCGGCAAGUUAGGAUCUGUGGAUGGAGGGUCGUAGUGCAGACCCAGAGUCUGAGCAAGUCGUAUCGUGAGGCCUUUGUGACGAGUCAGCGGACGGUGAAGUAGCAGGAACAGUUGGACAAACACACCCAAGAGCGACCAAGAUGUUCCAGCAUUCAUAUUAUUAGAUAUUAUUUUCCCAAGGACGAGUAAUAUUUGUAGAUCCUCUAAUGUCGUUUGCGUGUAAUAAUUGACUAUUCGAAGGCACUCGUAUGCACAGCAGACAUAAACCUGUGACUUCAUCUGUCUUUCUUUGCGAGGCAGCUCG